GCCGUGCGCGCUUGAGGAGAAGGAGUUGCAUCAGCGGAGAAGGACGGCUGGCCGGCUGGGUCAUCACUGCUCCUGCCGUGCAAGAAAGGAAGGAAGUCUCGAAGGUGAGAAGGAAAAUCUCAUCUUCUUCUCGGUGCUUUUCUCGUGUUACGCCUGUUAAUUUCCAUCUUAUUCUCGAUCGUGCCGCCCGCCGUCACCGUGCAAUCCAACCGGAACCCCCACCUUCAUUCCCUGCUCGGAGGGUGCGCCGGCGGGUGAUGGCGCUGGUGCCGAACCCAAGCCAACCGGGCCUCCGGAUCUACAAGCCGAGUUUCUCCUACUGGUACCCUUCGCUGGAGCAAGACUCCGAGUCCAGAUCUCAUCUGCUGCACAAGAUCGGCGCCUUCUACCGCAAGGCGCGGAAGCGGCUCCCGCGCAGCCAGCACCGCCGGCCGCAGGGCCUCUGCGUCGGCCUCCUCAACCCGGUCUCCAACAUCGUCAUCAACAGUCUCAUCUCCACCUGCAAGCGCAAGCGCGGCGGUGGAUCCAGUUGCUGCAAGGGUGUGCAAGACGACCUGGAGCGCCGCUCGCUUGACGCCCUGGUGGCGUUCCUCACCCGCUUGUUCCCCAACCUACCCGAGAGCCUGGCCUUGCACUACCUGCGCCUCGCCGACGCCGACGCCCUAGUCGCCGCCCGCGUCAUCGUGUCGCACCAUGGCAUGAAGAGAUUUGAUGACUCGGAGCCAGCCGUCCUGGACAUGGCCCCCAUCAAGUGUGCCGCACUGGCUGUCGGGUACCCCGACCCCGAUCGCCUCGUCCAUGCCUGGCGCAACAUCUCCGGCUGUAUUGACGACACUCUGCACCUGCUCGCCAUGUUGCACAAACCAUCGUCCGACUGCUCCCAUGGCACUAGCAAGCUCGCCAGGAUGCUUAAGACACCACCAUCCCGCCUCUCCUGCAUCAUUAGCAAGCUCACCAGGAUGCUUAACAAUGGACCAUCGCCCGGCUGUGAAAAAGACAUAUGGUGGGCAUGGCGGCUCGCGGCUUCUCGUCGCAGUCGUCCCUGCAGCGACCCGUACCUGCACACCGGCUUGCUCAGCCGGACGCUCCAGGACGCCAUCCACGGUUUUUACCUCCAGGCCCUCGCCUGGUUGCCAGCAGGCUCUAGCUUCCACCGCAGCCUGCUCAAGGCCGGCUACUGCUACGGCCCUCUUGAUCCCAUCUCAAACAUCAUCGUCAACACCAUCUGGUAUGACACUGCACUCCCACCUACCAUGAAACUCGAGCUGGACCUGGAUGUGAUCGGCACGCAGGGUCUCCACCGGGUGGAGAACCGCUCCUUGUAUGGCCUGGCCUCCUUCCUCUGCACACGCUAUCAUCGCUUCGAUUUCCAUCAAGCUCUGCAAUGCCUGGUCCAGGCAGAUGCCAACCUUGUGCUCGCCGAUCCCAACCUUGAACCUUCCACUCGCUCUGCCCCAUCCUUUGGAAUGGGGGGAACUGUGCUGAUGAGGUGCCGACCAGCUUCUUCCCCCCUUUGCAAUGUUGUUGAAGCUCAAGGCCCCCCGGACACCAGUCUAGAGGAAGCCUUCUUGGCCGCCGCGACUGCAGCCUCUCACCCCAUCCCGGACGCCCAAGUAAAGCUUCUCACUUCAUGUAAGGCGAUGUUAGAAUCUGCCUUGCCUCUGCUGCAGCAUGGCUCUGACAAGCUCUCUUAUCAAGAUGUUAAGCGGCUUGCCAUGUUGUUGUGUCCCGAAUCUGCCCAUGACUGCGAAAGGGCAUUUCUCCCACUCCCCCUCACGGUUUACCCCCUUGCAAAGCUAGCAGGCAUGUAUACAAGAAUCUCCAAGAAGGUAAAUGCUCUGCUGAAUGCACAUGCUCAGAUGCCAAAUGGGGAUCCGAAAUUCGAGCUUCAUACGAUUUGUGGUGUGAAUGAUCGUGUCUGCGGCCCUACUUCCUUUCCUCCUAAGUAUGGCCACUCUCAUGUCAAUUUCGUGGCUACUCCCAAAAGCCCUUGUGGUGGUCCUGCGGCUUUGUUUUUUGCUGAAAUUAGCAACAAUGACCAAGACGACGAGUCCUUCUGUUGCCAUGUUGCUCUGCCUCCGCCAUGUGCUGCACAAAUUCGGUGUCUUUACUGUGAGUACAUUGGGACUAGAAUUGUGCAUCCAGCCGGGAUAGACUUCCAUGGGCGUGAGUCGGAGUUUGAGAAGAUGGCCUGCGGAAAAGACCCCCGUAACGGCGAAAAUGUUCCUCCAUGGAGGGCACCAUACUACAGCAACUCGCAAAUCAUCAACAAUAGGCGCAGCUUCGCAGAGAAUGUUUAUGGCAGAAAGAAAGAAGAUAGCCUCUAUGAUGACUUGGAUGAGCACAAGAGUGUGGAUCUGGGGUCCAUUAGUAUUCGACAACUAUUUUUAGAAAUCUAGAGUUCUGUCAAAGCUACACAAGACUGAGUGUGAUGUGUAGUUCUGUGACUAUGCAAAACAAGUUAAGUUUAUGUUGUCUUAGAGGUAGGAUAGUGCUCUUGUGAAAUCUAACAAGUGGUUAUUGUACUAGUAUUACAAUAUCCUACGAUGUGUGUUAGUAAUGGUAUUUGAAAGAUUUGUGUUAGUGAUGCUAUUUGAGUGUGGAAACUGCAGUAUAUAUAAUCUAAACUAUGUAACUGCUUUAGUUAGCAGACGGUGCUGCAUCUUUGUUGUUGAAUUUGGUCGUGCUCCCAGAUAUGCACUGCUGAGC